AUGACUGACACGUACACGAGCGCCAUCCUCUUUGGCACCGAGCUGAGGGCCGAUGGCUCCUCCUCAAAACCCUACACGGUGUUCCAGGUCAUGGUGAGCCGAGGCCAGGACCAGUGGGUGGUGCUGCGACCCCACUCCCUCUUCACCGCCCUCCACGCCAAGCUGAAGGACAAGUUCGCCUACGCCGUCAAACGCCAGAACCUCCGCGUUCCCAAGGGGAAGAAGCUGCGUUCGGCCCCGUCGCCGGUGGUAAUCAGCCGCGUGCACCGCAAGCUGCAGCGCUACCUGGUCGGCCUCUUCUCCGAACCGCAGCUGCGCACCAGUCUCGAACUCGACCAGUUCCUCUCUGCCGGCCAGCAGCCAAUCAACGAGUACAUGCACAUCCUGCAGCCCUUCCUGGACACGAUCUGCCAGCUGGGCGAGAUCGGCGAGGCGCCCGAGCCCAAGACCUCGCCCCGCGGCGAGGUGCUGUCCUACGCCACGGACAAGGGCAUGCAGGGCGUGGCCGAGGGCGGCCUGAUCGGCCUCGACGUCCGACUCUCCGGCUACCUCGCCAUGAAUCAGAAGGGGCAGUGGCGAGAUCGGUUCUUCCAGCUGCGCGGCACCAACGCGCUGUUCAUGUUCAGUUCGGCCAAGGACUCGAUACCGCUCAAGCUGUACAACCUGUGUGGCUGCAAGCUUGCCCUGGCACAGGGCGAAGACGUCGAAGGCGCCAAGGCCAGCGAUCACUGUUUCAGGAUGACGUGGACGAAACUGCGCGAGGGCAAGGAGGCCAAGAAGUCAGUCAUAACCUUCGCCACCCGUUCCGAGGAGGACCUCGGCGCGUGGGUGUCGCACCUCAAUAACUUUGCGCUGGCUCGCGCCGAUGCGCUGAUCCGCAAGCGGGUCCCCGACCUCCCGCUGCUCUGCGGCAAGUCUGCGGACGAACUCGACACCGGUGACGGCGAGGUGCCGGCCAAGCCCGAGCGCAAGAGCAUCGCCGGUAUCAUUCGGCGCAAGAGCCACCACCAGCUCCAGCACCACCACCAGAUCGGCGGGUUCGAGGGCAAGGGCAAGGAGUGCAAGGGAGACCGCGGACACAAGAAGUCGGCCACCAUGAAUGUGGUGAUGGCGCUCAACAAGGAAAAGCAGGAGAAGAAGAAGAAGCAAACCGACAACGACGCGGUCGACAAGACGAAGCUGGGCAAGUCGGUCGGCCCGCUGCACAAGAGCGCAGACGAGCGCGACGUCUACCGGGUGCUGAAGCGAAGCGGCAGCGACUACGGCGCCAAGGUGAGGACGAAGGUCCAGACGCCCACCCAAGCCCAAGCCCAAGCCCAGCCCAAGGCGGCUUCGGCCGAGGACCAGCCCGGCGCCUCGAGUCCCAACACCGCCAAGCGAAGGCACAAGAGGAGCUCGAGCAUGAUCGACCGCAAGACGAUGCUCAUCCACACCACCAAGGCCAGUCAAGAACUGCGUCUCGACCUCACGUCGGUCGAGAAGAAGAAGAACAAGAGCGAAAGCGAAAGCGAGAAGGUGGAGGACAAGGAGACGGAGAAGGCGGAGCCCAAGCCCGCCAGCGAAGAGCACAAAGGACCCGCCGCGUCCCCCAGGAUUGGGAGCGUGAAGGAGGCCAUGGCCCGGAGCAAGAGGUCCAUCGGCUCGUUCCUCCAGAGCCGGCCCGUCUUCAGCUCCCACCCGACUCUCCCCAUCGGCAAGGUCGAGUCCAGCCCGACGCGAAUGCGGUCGGCGAGCCACGUGGUGACUCUGAGGCCUCGUUCGCCCAGGGAGAACGAGAGCAUCGCGUUCGUCAACCAGCUGUUGGAUGGGCUGGCGGAGGACGACGAGGCGCAGGUGGACCUGGAAGGCCUGCAGGCCGAGGUGCGCAAGUUCCUCACGCCCGCCGUGCGCAACGGCCUAGAGCCCCUCUGCGGGCACACCCACCAGCUCUCCUUCAUCGCCAGCGAUGAGGCGAAGCUCAGGGUGAUCGACGCCCUGCUGGGGUCGCUCCCGCAGGCGAACCGCGCGACGAUGCUGCGCCUGCUGUCGUUCUUGGACCGCACGGCGGUGCGGAUGGGCCAGGCCAGCCUGCGGGCCGCGGCCGAGGACAAGUUGCAGCUCGAGGAGGCCGAGCGCCAGCGCCAGCGCGCCCAGCAGGCCAAGCACCAGCCCAAGCCCACCAAGCUCCAGGCCGACCGCAAGCGGGACAUGUACCGCGUGCUCAAGAAGCGACGACCCACGGUCGACCACGGCCACGACGCCCACCACCUCUUCGCCUCGCCGUCGUCGUCUUCAUCGUCAUCGGCCGACGAGUUCCUUCUGAGCGAGAUGACCCUCACCUCGCCGUCGACCUCCUUCUCGAGCCUCUCGUCGUCCCUCUCGUCGACCUGUUCGUGCGCGAGCGUCGCCUCCCUCGACGGCGAGGGCCACCAGGCCGGGCUAACCGACUCCAACGGCUGCGGCGCGCUGGUGUGCUACUCGGCCCGGAUCGAGCGCGAGCUGGCCGAGGAGCGCGAGCGGAUCCAACACCAACGCAAGGCCGACGAGAUGAAGCGCAAGAUCGACGCCAUGUCCCACAUGCUCACGACCGACACCGCCAACGCCGGCCUGGUCGAGCUCGACGACGACAAGAAGAAGACCGAAGAAGAAGAAGCAGGAAAUGAGGAAAAGGAGAACAUCGAGGCGCACGUGAUGGCCGAACGCGAAGCCGAGGCCGUCGUUCAGUUUCGCGAGAAGCUGGCCCGCGUGUUCGGGCGGGUGAUCGUGGCGUGCGAUCGGCUGCCGCACGUGACGCUUCCGUCGGUCGCCCACCACGGGCCUGUCGACGAUCAGGCGGCCGUGGUGAGCGUGUCCACCUUCCUCAUCGAGCACUGUGAGCAGUGGUUGCGGGGAGACAAGCUGGCGGAGAAGAAGGAGAAGAAAGAUGAAGGAAGGAAAGACAACGGCGAAGCGGUGAGGAUGAAGCUGAAGAUGAGGGAGAUGGAGGAGAGGCGAGCGCGCAAGCUGGCGAUGGUGGCGCUGGCGAGGCAGAAGAAGGAGGAGCGGAUGGACGAGAUUCGCAAGAGGAACGAGGAGGCCGAAGCCAAGACCUGCGAAGACCCCCACCGGGGGCGCGCCAGAUCCCAGACCACUGUCGCCUGA